AUGCAGCGCCUCGCGCUCGACGCGCAGGGAGGCAGCACCAGUGCUGUCACCCUCGAGGCCCUCGCCCACGUCGCCAACUCGCUCGCCGAGGCUUCGUCAAUCGUCGCUGGCCUCGGCGCAGGCUGCUCCACCAGCGCAGGCAUCCCCGACUUUCGCACCCCUCGCCCCUCUUCCUCCUCCUCGCCUUCCCCCACAUCACCGCCUCCCUCCUCCACCUGCACCUCGACCCGCUCGGUGCAAGCGACCAAGCACCUCUUCUCGUACUCGUCACUCGUCCAGCCCGACUCGCGCGCCGACCACCUGCGCUUCAUGGCCGAGCUGCGCCGCACCACUCGCCGCGCCUGCCCUCGACCCUCGUCGUCCUCCUCGAGCGCCAGCGGCAAGGGCAAGGAGCGCGCCGACGACCCGCCGACACCCUUUCACGGGCUACUCGCCUCACUCGACGAGCGCGGGCAGUUGCAGCGCGUCUACACGCAGAACAUCGACGGGCUCGAGCGUCGCAGCGGGCUCGCCGUCGUCGACCUCGCCCAGAUGGCGGCGGACGAGGCCGCCGAGGACAGCGGCGAGUGCGAGAUCGGGCACGCAGGGUCCUCGGCGACGGCGCGUGGCUCGUGGGAGGGCGUCGUCGUCCCGCUGCACGGUGGGCUCGACGAGGUCAUGUGCGGGGCGUGCGGGUGGCGCGAGCGGUGGGGCAAGGCGCACAACAAGGCCUUCAAGAAGGGGCGAGGUGUCGACUGCCCGCGCUGCAGCGAGCGAGUUUCCUCUCGGCGGCAACGGCUCAAGCGUGCGACGUCCCUUUCCCCUCUCGCCUUCCUCCGCCCUGCCGUCCUCCUGUACGACGACCCGCACUCGUCCACGUCCUCGGCGUCGGACCUCAUCGCUUCGCUCGCGAGCGCCGACCUCGCCAACGAGCCAGACCUGCUCGUCGUCGCCGGCACGAGCCUGCGCAUUCCGGGCUUCAAGAAGCUCGUCAAGCGCUUCGCGGCGAGGGUCAAGAAGGUCGGCGGGCUGAGGGUGCUCGUCAACCGCGAGGCGGUCGGCAAGGAGUGGGACGGCGUGUUCGACUACCACUUCGUCGGCGAUGCGGACGACUGGGCCGACGAGAUGGUCGACUGGCUCGACGCGCUGUCCGUCUCGUGGCCAGCGCCCGAGCCCGACUCGACCUCGGCUCUCGGCCACGUCGACGUACCACCUCCUCACUCGCUCUUCGUCGCCCUCCCUAUGCGACCCUCGCACGGCCUGUACUCGCCCGCGCCCUCGUCCUCAUCGACCACGACGAUGCUCUCCCUCCCCACGACGCCCCCUCGCUCCUCGCCCGUGCCGCUACCGGCCUCAGCGACACGAGCUCCGGCGGUCGAAGACUCGUGCGCCCUGUCGCCUUCGCCAUCCGCAUCGGCCAAGGCCGCCGACGAGGUCCAGCCGUUGCCGACCCCACCUCCCUCCUCGACGCUCCUCGCUCCAGUCCCCCUUCCACCUACUCGCCCUCGCCCUCGCUCCAGCAGCCCGCAUGCCCAGCCUCGCGCCCAGCUGUCCGCGACGAGUGACCCUGCACCGCCGGCCAAGCGCCGCCGCUUCGAGGAACCCGGCUCGCCGAGCGCGGCGUCGCGACCGUCGGGUCACGGCGUGGGCAUCGCCGAGCAGCUCGCCCGUGCGGCCAAGCGCGACGCAAGGGACAAGGUCGAGCGCAGGAGGGGCAAGGCGGCGAGGCGGGAGAAGAGGGAGCGCAGGAGGGAGAGGGACGAGCGGAAGAGGAGGGAGCGCGAGGGGACGAGCGGCGGCGAUGGAGUGGAGCAGUCGUGA